AUGAUAGGAAUCACGGGUCUGGGUGGUGUGGGGAAGACGACUCUUGCAAGUGUAGUUUUUGAUCAGAUAGCCAAUCAAUUUGAUGGUAAAAGUUUUGUUCAGAAUGUUAGAGAAUGCUCACAAGACUCCAGGGGUUUCCAAGAUAUGCAAAAACUGAUCCUUACUUCUGUGUUUGGGGAUCAAAGCAUUGAGGUGCCAAGUGAUUUUGAGGGGCGUAGUAUGAUGAAAAGGAGGAUGCCUAGUAUAAAAGUUGUAGUUGUAAAUGAUGUGAAUGAUGUAAAGCAACUUGAGGCGUUAGCAGAACCAAGUUGGUUUGGGCCAGGAAGUAGAAUCAUCAUUACAUCAAGAGAUAAGCAAGUAUUGGAAGCUCAUGGAGUUCACAAUAUUCAUGAUGUUAGUACGUUAUCAGAUGAGGAUGCAAUUCGUCUCCUUAGUAGGUAUGCUUUUAAAGCAGAGAAUCCAGCUCAAGGUUAUGAAGAGCUAUCUAAAGAGGUUUUGCGCUAUGCUGCUGGUCUUCCUUUAACCAUCAAAACUUUAAGUUCAUCCCUACAUGCUCGUUCCACAGUUGUAUGGGAAGAUGGCAUAAAAAGACUAAAAGAUAUUCCAUGGGGUGAUACCUUAAAAAUAUUGAAAAUAAGCUAUGAUGCUCUAGAGGAGGAUCAGAAAGAGAUAUUCCUACAUGUUUGUUGCCUAUUGAAAGGUGAAACGGAGAAGAAAGCAAUCAGAAUACUAGAAAGUUUAGGAUCUCAUGCUCAGAUUGGUUUAAGUGUUCGCAGAAAUCCUUGA